UGAGCUCGGAGGCGUUGGCCGGUGGGUGUCACUCUCUGUUCCUGUCCGAACCUGAGACGGACGAGAAUACGUCCUUUAUAAAUAGUCUUUUAGUGAACGUCUUUUUUUUAACUUGUGUUUUUAUCUGGGAGGUGUUUCGAUAUGAUCAAAAACGGCCACUGCUCCACCGACAGCCCGCGGGAUGAAGCCGGUGGCAGUGAGAGCAGGAGUUCAGUGUGCAGCCCGGAGAAAAGGAAGCGGGUCGUGCGGCUGUGGUGUGACGGCUGUUAUGACAUGGUUCACUAUGGUCACUCCAACCAGCUGAGGCAGGCCAAAGCCAUGGGAGAUUACCUCAUAGUCGGCGUGCAUACAGACGCUGAGAUCUCUAAGCACAAGGGCCCCCCGGUCUUCACUCAGGAGGAACGCUACAAGAUGGUGCGGGCCAUUAAGUGGGUGGAUGAGAUAGUAGAAGGAGCACCCUACGUCACCACGCUGGAGACUCUGGACAAAUACAACUGUGACUUCUGCGUGCACGGAGAUGACAUCACACUGACGGUCGAUGGUAAGGACACGUAUGAGGAGGUGAAGCGCGAGGGCCGUUACCGGGAAUGUAGACGCACACAGGGCGUGUCCACCACCGACCUUGUGGGACGGAUGCUCCUCAUGACCAAAGCCCAUCACAGCAACAUGGAUACCCCAGAUUACCAGCAGCAUACAGACAACUUUGGGAAAGGUCCUAAAGGCCACAGUCCAUGGACAGGAGUGUCUCAGUUCCUCCAGACGUCCCAGAAGAUCAUCCAGUUCGCCUCAGGAAAGGAGCCUCAGCCCGGAGACACCAUCAUCUAUGUGGCCGGGGCAUUCGACCUGUUCCACAUCGGACAUGUCGACUUUUUAGAGAUGGUCUAUAAGCAGGCGGAGAGGCCCUACGUCAUCGUAGGAUUGCACUUUGACCAGGAAGUGAAUCGGUACAAGGGGAAGAACUAUCCAAUCAUGAACAUCCAUGAGAGGACGCUGAGUGUGCUGGCCUGUCGGUACGUGGGAGAGGUGGUGAUUGGAGCGCCCUAUGCGGUGGGCAAAGACCUGUUGGAUCACUUCAAGGUGGACCUGGUGUGUCACGGCAAGACAGAAGUGUUUCCAGACAAGGAUUCCUCAGACCCUUACGCUGAGCCAAAGAAGAGGGGGAUAUUCAGGACAAUUGACAUUGGGAAUAAUCUCACCACUGAUACCAUUGUCCAGAGAAUCAUUGAAAACAGGCUGCAGUUUGAGGCCAGGAACCAAAAGAAGGAGGCCAAGGAGAUGGCGGUGAUCGAGGCAAUGAAGAGGAAAGAGCAGCAGGAUCAGAGUGAGGCUGCAGCUGAGGCUGCUCACUAGUGACACCUCGGACCUGGUUCUAUGUGCACUUAGCUUUAAGAGGAUGGACUCAACUGACCACGACAGAUGUCUAUGUCGAUGUAAACUGCGCCUUCAUGAGACGACCUGUAAAGCCAGUCUAUCUUUACAAGUCCACUAUGUACAAAAUCCUGUGAUGUGUGUGUGCGUGUUACACAAUGCUGUGUAAGCUUCACCAUCUAUACAGACUCCUUCAAACUAAUGGGAUUAGAACAGAUCUUCCUGGACAAAAAAACCUGACACAUACAACAACUGAUCCUGCUGAAUCUCUCUAAACAUCCAGAGAGAAAUUUUAAUGUUUUAGUGUUAAAGAAGCGUUUUACGUUUUUCUCAGUCCACUUUCAAAAUUGAGUUUUUUAGAAAACUAGAACGUCCUCUUUUCUCAUUUCAAGACAACCCAAGAGCUGAAAUACUUGGGACCCAGUUGUCUAACUUUUUCUGCAAACCUUAUGCAUUGUCGAAGCUCACUGUUUGUUACUGUUUCUGUUGUAUGGGGCAUAUGAUUCUGUGCGUCAUGUGUUGGUGGCAGGCUCAGGACUCACUUUACUAAUACUGUAGAAUUUUAAACCUCUCAAUCACUAUAUAACAAUGUGUAAAUCUCCCUUUUAAUAAAUAAAACUCUCAUAUUGCAAAGUGUCCCCUGAUGUCCGUGUUACAGCAGUGUGUGUGUGUACUGUGCGCAGCCUGAUGACAGAGAUCUUUGUUGGAUCAGCAGAUUCAGCACAUUUUCACAGUUCAGUGAAUCAGUGAAAUGAGGCCACAGCCGCUAAGAAACUGCUAAAUCUGAGCCGCCCUGUUCCACUCAUGCUGCUCUCGGAUUGAAACAAAAAACAGCAAACCGUCACCUCGUUACAAACACAAAGAGACUUUAAUCUGCCGGGUCCAGGGCCCCAGAGGAGUCACUCAGCUGAGGGAUAUAACAGACUAUGGACUUUCUUCUGUCAGGGACUCCCACUCAGACACAUGCAGUGUUGAUGUAAAUAUUAAAAGAGCUCUGAAAUUGUAUGGAUAAGCUUUCAUUUUCAUUUUACAAUUUGAAUAUCAUUGCAAAAGAAAGUGGGUUGGAGAAGUUCUUAAAAAAUGUAGGCUCCCUAUGAAGGGCAUGGCGGGGAAAAUUAAAACAAAAUACUGUAUUUACUUGUUUUUGGGUCUCAAAUCUUCAAAUACCAUCAUAUCUUCAGGGCUCCUGAAUCUAAAACACGUCAAACCAUCCAUGAACAUACAAAUCCAAUACCCAUACUCCAUGUUUUUUUGUUUUGUUUUACUUUCUGGUAAAUAAUAAACCCUUGAGUGUG